AUGCCGGCCACCGCUGGGAGGGUUCGCAUGCCAGCGAACAAUCGGGUCCACAGCAGCGCCGCCCUGCAGACCCACGGGAUAUGGCAGAGCGCGAUCGGCUACGAUCCCUACGCGCCCAACAAGGACGAGAAGAAGAACAACUCCACCCAAAAGACCUCAUCCUCAGUCGCCGAGCCCGAUCCCGAGCCCGAGAACGCCUACGCCAGCUUCCAGGGCCUGCUCGCACUGGCGCGCAUCACCGGAUCUAACGCCGACGAGGCCCGUGGCGCGUGCAAGAAGUGCGGGCGCGUGGGGCACCUAACGUUCCAGUGUAGAAACUUCCUGAGCAUCAAGGACGAAGCCGAUAGGGAAGGAAAGGACCCGAAUUCCAUCCAGGCCGCCGUCUUAUCUGGCCUGGAGAAGCUAAAGGGGGAGAGAGUGAGGUCAAAGGGGAAAACUUCCUUGGAAAGCGAAGAAAGCAGUGACGAGGAGGAGGAAGACAGCGAGAGUUCUGAUUCGGAUUACGAUUCCGAGAUUGAGAGGGCCAUAGCUGAGAAGUAUGGGAAAAGGGUCAGCAGUAAGAAGGGUGGAAAGAAGGAGAGGAGAGAGAGAGGGAGGUCCAAGAAGAGGAGUGGUACAAAGAGAGAGAAAGUCAAUGGCUCGUCUGACGAGGAAGAAGGGAGACGCAAGAGGAAGAAAGAUGAUAAAAGGAGGAGAAGUGAUGAUUAUUCUUCGGAUGAGGAUGAGGAGCGUAAGAGGAGAAGAAGAAAGAGCAGGAAGGAGAAAAGGAGGAGAAGGAGCCAUAGGUACACGGAUGAUGAAUCUUCGGAUGAUUCUAUCAAACAGAGGAAUAAGAGGAGGAGCCGAAGAGCCCACUCAGAUUCUGAUGCGAGUGGCUCGGAUGAUGACUCAAGAGUUGGGAGGGACAAGAAGAGGUCCGGAAAGAAGAAAAGGGGCCAUAGAUGUGAUGAGGAUUAG